GAAGAGCAGGAGACGAGAGGUGUGUGCGUGUGUGCGUGUGUGUACGUGUGUACGUGUGCGCGACUUGGCCCUCUCUCCCUGGCCCUCUGUCUCUCUCUCUCACUGGCUCUCUCUUCUGUGGCCCUCUCUCUCCCUCUCGCUCUUUCUCUCUCACUCUCGCUCUCCCUCCGUCAGUCGGGCCUUGGCUCUCACCCCGGCAGGAGAAAGGGAGAGGGAAAAGAGGCAGAAAAAAGAGAAAAGAUAGAAAAUAGAGAGAAGAGAGAGAGAACGGACAGAAAAAGAAAACGAGGAAGAAGAGAACAGAUCGGAAACGAGAGAUUAUCGAACAGGAAAAAAAAAAAAACGUGAGAGAGGGAGAGAAAAGUGAGAAAGAGCAAGGAGACAUAAGUAGUGAUAAAGUUACACCGUGGAGGAGGUGGAGGAACAGCAAGUGGAGGAGGUGGAGAUAGUCCUGGUGGAAGAGAGAAGGUGGAGAUAACUCGAUCUCUUCUCUGACAUCGUAUAGCCCUCAGUGUCAUCCCUAUUCCUUCUUCCCCCCUCCCUCCUCCUCCCUUCAGAUUAUCCUCCCUUCUCCCUCUCCCCUCCUCCCUCUUCCUCCUCCGUCAUUCACUAGAGGAAGAAAAGUGUGAAAUGGAAGAAAAGCAAAACAUGACGAAAUAAGUCAGUGAAUAGCGAAGGAAGUGGAGAGGUCGGAGGCGUCGGCAGCAGGUGACGUGAUGUGCCGGCAGGAUCGCUGGGGCUGAGAGACGCUGUGCUGCCGUGCCGCGUGUGUGUGCGUGUGUGUGCCCCGCGGCGCCCAUACCAUGUAGCGAGGGGCGCCUGUCGUGUGGCUGUGUCGCCGCCCCCUUGUUUCCGCCCGCCCCUCCCCGCCCCCCAUCCCGCCCCACACGUGCCUCAUGCAGGAACGGACCCCCGCCGCGCAGCUCAUGGUGCCCUUCGCCAGAAUGAACUGCAAGGGGCUGUCGGCCCGCGCCAACCCCGACGCCGCGGCCCGGCCCCCCGGGGACCUGGACUGCCCCGGCGCCCCGUCCCUCCCCUCCUAUGCGAGGACGGAGUCUUUCCCCUCCGCCCACAGCUCCUCGCCCUCCCCGAGGAUGGUGGAGGAAUCACACUACUUCUCUCUCGGGGGCGUGCCGUCGCCGCGCACCCCUGGGGGACUGCCGGCCUUUAGCAGCGUCGUGGAUGACAUGUUCCUCAACGGCCAACUGAUGGGCGGCUCGCGACCCAUGGCCAUGCCCACCAUGGGCGUGGGGGCGCUCAGAGCGUCGCCACAGCAGCAGCAACAACAGCAACUUCAACAACAACAACAACAGCACCAGCAACAACAACAGCAGCAACAGCAGCAACAGCAGGAGUACGAGGACGGGUCGUCUUUGUACGGCUACGCCACGCUGGGCGGCCCCCUCGGGGACGCCGCGGCCCGCAGCAGGUCCCUGGACGACGUGCUGGGCCGCCGCUCCGACUCCUCCCGCUCCCCGAAGCUGCUAGACAUGGUGAUGCCGCCCUCGCCAAGGUUCUCCGUGGCCGACAUCGAGGCCGAGGACGACGACGACGACGAUGAGAUCAAGGCGCUGCGGAGCGAAGACGACGGCAACGACGCGGGCGACGAGGACACCAGCUUUGAGGAGGACUUGCAUUUCCCUAACGACUACGUGUACGGGUUCUAUGACGAGGGCGGGGAGCGGGUGGUAUGGGAGUUCCACAAUGUGACCCUUACCCGCGUGCCGGGCUACGGGUUCGGCAUCGCGGUGAGCGGCGGCCGGGACAACCCGCACUUCACCAACGGCGACCCUUCCAUAGCCAUCUCUGACGUGCUCAAGGCAGGCCCAGCAGAGGGCAAGCUGCAGAUCAACGACCGGCUUAUUUCGGCCAAUGGCAUCAGUCUGGAGAACGUGGACUAUGCAAGGGCAGUACAGGUGCUGCGGGACUCUGGGGCAGCGGUGCAGCUGGUGGUGAAGCGCCGCAUCGUGCUACCUGCAGCUCCUGAGGCACAGACGGUCAAAGUCACGCUCACCAAGAACAAGAAGAAGGAAGACUUUGGCAUUGUGCUGGGCUGCCGCAUCUUUGUGAAGGAGAUCACUAACAAGGCCUCAGUGGAGAAGGAGGGCAGCCUCAAAGAAGGGGACAUUGUACUUCGAAUCAACUCAAAUUCCACUGACAGCCUGACUCUUAAAGAGGCCAAGAAGCUACUGGAGAGUACAAAGGAGAGGCUGAGCUUGGUGGUGCGAAGAGAUCCUCCUCCCUCUAUGCUUGCCCCUCCAGACCUCACUGUUAAGGAUGUUCGGAAUUCUGAGUUCAGUGACACGCGGCCCAACUACUCAACUCAAAACCUGUAUGUUCAGCCCCCAACUAGGGCCGAGAUGCAGCGGGGUCUGUAUGGCCCUGAGAUCCCUGACGCCAAGAAUAAUCUCAUGAGGUCGGGGUAUAACCCUGGGUUGGGCAUGUCAUCUGGGGAAGCUCAAUAUGGUCUAGAUGACCAGGGUUCCCCCCAGGAUGAUGCUCCUCCCCCACGCCCUCCCCUUCCCCGUCCUGAGGAUUACUACACCUGCCAUGCACCCAAGGAAGGCCAAAACUCACCAUCCAAGGUACCAGACCCACGUUUUGUGAGCUUCAAGAAGGAGGGAAGCGUGGGCAUUCGUCUCACAGGAGGGAACGAGGUGGGAAUUUUCGUGACAGCAGUUCAACCCGGCUCUCAGGCACAGCUCCAAGGACUUAUUCCCGGCGAUAAGAUACUGAAGGUCAACGACAUGGACAUGGCAGGAGUAACCCGAGAGGAGGCUGUUCUUUACCUCAUGAGUCUUCAGAACCAAAUUGACCUAAUUGUUCAGACACUCAAGCACGACUAUGAAUCCAUCCUCAACACACAGAAAGGCGACCUCUUCUAUAUAAAGACACACUUCCACUAUGAGCCUAACGGCAAAUCCGAGCUGAGUUUUCGGUCUGGAGACAUCUUCCGGGUGGUGGAUACUCUGCAUAAUGGUGUGGUGGGGGCCUGGCAGGUACACCGUAUUGGCCGCAACAACCAGGAGACACAAAAGGGCAUCAUCCCCAACAAAGCGAGGGCAGAAGAGCUUGCCACUGCCCAAUUCAAUGCUGCCAAGAAGGAACAAACGCAGUCAGAGUCUCGAAGUGGCUUCUUCAAAAGACGAAGAAACUCUAGACGCUCAAAGUCACUGGGGAAGGACCACUGGGAGGAUGUGGUGUUUGCAGACUCUGUGUCCAAGUUCCCUGCUUAUGAGAGAGUUGCACUUCGCCACACUGGCUUUGUGCGGCCCAUUGUCCUCUUCGGGCCACUCUCUGAUCUGGCAAGGGAAAAGCUGCUCAAGGAGAACCCAGACAAGUUCUCUUCUCCACGGAUAUACAUGCGACUCACAAUGCCCAUACCAUGCUAUGGGGGCUAUCCGUACCCCUCGCUGCGUGAGUUGGAUAGCAGUGGGGAAAAGCCGUCUGGGAUCAUCCGUCUCAGCGCUAUCAGGGAGAUCAUGGACCGAGGAAAACAUGCAGUGCUUGACAUCACACCCAAUGCUGUCGACAGGCUCAACUACGCUCAGUUCUAUCCCAUUGUAAUCUUCCUCAGGGCUGAGUCCAAGCAGAUUGUCAAGGAGCUUCGUAGCGGCUAUCCAAAGGGUCGCAUGAGCAGCAAAAAGCUAUUUGACCAGAGUGUGAAGCUGGAGAAGCUGUGGUCACACAUCUUCACCGCCACCAUCAGCCUCACUCAACCCGAGGCGUGGUUCCGGAAAGUUCGGGAAAUUGUUGAGAAGCAGCAGUCAGGACCGAUUUGGAUGUCAGAAACUAAGCAGCCUCCUGAAGCCCUGUCUGAUGACUUCCUCUUUCCUAUGACCUCACGUCUGUCCUACGCUUCCUCUCCUGAGUCUGACUUGGAAACAGGACCUGAAUCUCGAACCCCCUCCAAGUCCCUCCACCACCACCCUCCACCCCACAAUAUGUAUCCAGAUUCUCGAGAGCCCUCCAGAAACCGCAUGGUGAAAAGUUCUUCAGACCCCAGCCUGGCUGCCCCUGAGGACACUGAGCCCAAUGCUUAUGGGGGUCCUCCACCCUACACUGCCAGCCCCACCAGGAUUCCACCCGGGCCCAGUGAAGCCUUCAAUGACCGACGGAAGUCCCAUGGAGGCGACAGCAAGUAUGGUUUUGCCAGUGGAGGUUCGUAUGGCUCUGACCUCUAUGCCUCUCGUCCCACCGUAAGUGCCCACAGAAGCACUGCAGGGCCUGGGGGGACUGGGGGAACAGGAGGGGCAGGCUUGACCUCCCCUCAUGGCUCACCAUACUCAGCUGUUCCACCACCUGGGUACAGUGGUCGGCCUCCUCAGCAGAACCUGUCUCCCCCUAUGCAAUCCCCUCACCACCGCCGCUCACCCAAUAUCCCUCCAGGCCGGAGCCCCCCCAACAUGGGGUAUUCCCCCUCAGAGCUUGGAGGGAACAUGGCCCCACCCCCCCCUUACAUCAAUGGUCAUUCUAAUGAGACCGGGCCUGAGGUGCCCCCCAAAGUAGACCGGACCAGUAAGCCGGGUAGGGUGAGGUCCGGCCAGGACUUUGGCUCAGGGAAGGAGCUUGAUUAUGACGGCAACUACAUCAACACAGGACGAGGCGCCAGUGUAGACCCCCAGCACAAGAGUCCCUAUGAUGUGGUCAACCCACCACUUGGUCCCAAUGCUCAUGAUGACCUCAAGAGCAGGAUGCACCCAAGAUCACCCCAUGAACCUUACCGAUACUCCCGCUCCUCCUCGCAGCCCCCCACCUACCGCUCAGAUGACCCCUACCGCAGAUCUUCAGACUAUAAACCAGUACCACCACCAAAGAGCAACAACUACAAGCCAGUCCCACCACCUAAACCAAAAAACUACAAGCCCCAAGCCCCAGGUGGGAUGGGACCAGGGAUGGAUGGAGGCUGGGGGGAGAUGUACAUGGAUGGACGUAAGGUUUAUGAGCGGGGGACAUACCACACCACCAGCAAUGGGGGUCUGAGUGAUGACUACAGUGGGCUGGACAGUGGGCAGGGCAGCAGCCUGGACAGAAAGUAUGACACCUUUGGCCGGUCAUCAUACAAUAAGGUUUCAUCAUCUGCUUCUGGCCGGAGUGGUUACUACCUCAAUGUUCCUCCACCCCGGGACAUGGGUGUGGGGGGCCGUGACCUGCCUAAUCAUGACCACAAGGGAAGCGCCUUUGAACUGUACAAGAAGCCACCUGACCCACGUGGCCCCCAUGGAGGCCAUCCUAACCUUCCUACAUACUCUGACCUCGGAAACAGCAGCCGGUCAGUGGCAGAAGAAGGCAAACAUAAGGUGAUUGCCACAGCCCGAGGGGUGUUUGAUCACAAAGGGGGAACCCUCACCUCUGAGGAGACUGGCGUGUCCAUAGUCAUUCCAUCUGGGGCCAUAACCAAAGGCACCAAACAGGAGAUUUACUUCAAGGUCUGCCAGGACAACUCAUUGGUCCCUCCACUCGACCAGAACAGAGGUGAGACCUUGUUGAGCCCACUGGUGAUGUGUGGCCCUCAUGGCCUAAAGUUCUCGCGGGCAGUGGAGCUUCGACUUCCCCACGCUGCCUCAGUCUCACCUAAUACAUGGAGUUUUGCCCUCAAGUCCUCUGACACUCCAACGGGCCAGCCUGCCCAGUGGACCAACAUGUCUCUGGCUGAUGCACCACAUACCUCCCACGUUGGGGCCAACUGUGUGUCUGUGUUGGUCGACCACUUCUGAAGACCCGUGCGGCCACCUUCCCUUGGACAGACUUGAUGCUUGCCGGUUGUUGGUGAAUAAAAAAAAGACUCAUGACCCAGCCAUGUCUCUUAGUGUUGAUAUCAAUUUCAGUAAAAAAAAUUAUAUGACCUACCACUGAUACUACUUAAGUAGUCAGCAACUCAUGAAAAUGUCAAACAAUAAAAAAACAUAUAUUGAACUGUCGUGUGAAUUCUUGGGUGUUUCAAGCAUACAUUGUUUAACACAAGUGCUACAAAUUCUGUUGAAACUUUGACUUUCCCUUGCAGUAAUGUGUGACCAACUCUGGGGGGUGAACAGCCAGAGUGAACAGUGAUUAUCAUGUGCAUAAUUCUUUUUAACAAAUACCCAUUUCCAUGUGUUUUGCCUCAGAGUUAGCUCUGUGAAGAAUGUCCAUUGUGCAAAGUUUCAGUUGUUAUUUUAUGCAUAAUGAUACAGAAAUGUCUAGAAUAUGGGCUGAAUACAGUGUUGUCUUUCUGUAACGUUAGAUUGUCCAUCAGUAAUACAUUCUCUGUUCAUUGUCGUUCAUAGUUGUGAUUGUGGUGCUGUAAACACCAGCAUUGUUGCUGCUGUUGUGAUUAACAUGUCAUAUAUGGAUUGUCACUUCCCUUCCAACAUAGGAGUGAUAGCAGCAGCAUGUCAUGACUUGCAGAUUGCCUUUACAGUCAGUUCUGCCUUCAUAACCUCAGAAGAAAUGAAAGAAAUUAGUUUAGAUGAUAGUAGCAGUGACCGUGUUAAAGUGUUUACACUACUGCAGUCAUGGUCAGGAGUGACUGUGAGUGUGAGUGAUAAUGUUAUGUGUGGGUGUUAAGAUGUUAUAUCUCUGAAGUAUUAUCACAGGUCACAGAUGAGGGAUCACAGUCAAAUAUUCUGUACAGCCUAAUUUAUCACCAGGUUAUUUAUUAUUUCCACACAUCUGACAUGCAUGCUACUUAAUAGAUUUGUCUCACAUGUAAAGCACUCAGAACUGUAAUGUUUUGGCAUCUUUAAAUUUUGAGGUUUACCCCUCAACCAGUGUUGUUUUGGGUGUUGUCAACCUGUAAUGGCUUUACAAUCAAGCGUUUAUAGAAAUUUUGACAAAUCUGCUCAAUUUUGACCAAGAAGUGAAUGUUUGAUAAUCCUGUAUACUAGAAAAGCAUAUUCCUAAUUAAAAAAAAAUGAAAAUACUUCACACAUUAGAAUCAAUAGAUGAGACUUUCUAUACUAUAGAGCUAAUGCAUGUUUGUGUGAGGAGACUGCAAGCACAGGAUCUGUUCAGUGAUACCAUUUUAAGAUUUUGAAAGACAAUAAUACCACCACUUCUUACAUCACUAAUGAUCAAACUGUUGACUUUACUAUUAUUAUUAUUAUUAUUAUUAUUACUUUUUUUUAUUAUCAUUAUUAUUAUUACUAUUAUUUUUUAUAUUUUUAUUUUUUAUUUUUUACGUCGAAGCCUGUAGCACCGAUAGGCUUUCUUGAGGGGCCUGGUGGUCGGCCCGAGCCCGUCUUGGUGCAGGUAUGUAUGUUAGUGGAACAAUGUAAGAAAAGACUAUGGAAAAAAGAAUUCAAAGUUUUAAUUGACAGUUUAAUUGGUGUUGUGCCCCUAGAUACAUAUAAAGAAUCAUUAAUAUAAUGUUGUCACACUAGGAAGCAAUCAAAAGAUUUUGUUACUCUUGAAUCUGAUUCACAGCCUUAAAUGUUGAUUGCCAGCCCAUAGGUUUUAUUGCACAAGGUUUAGUUUUGUUAGUUACAGGACAGAGUGAGUGAAACAAGGGCAGCUCCAAGGAUCUGAAAAAUAAAAGCACAAUACUAGUGUACCUUUCCUUUAUUACAAAUUGACAUUGCAUUGAAAAGUGCCUUCCUGUUUAAUGAAGUAUUAACUUGAAGUAUCAGAAAAAUUGCACCUUUUAAUCAUAAUACAACUAAAGUAUAAUUUUAAUAAAGAUCCUUUGUUAAUGUGUAUAUAAGAUAACUGUAUAGUGCCCUUGGCUGACAGAUUUGCCAUUGGAUGGAAAGGAUAGAGUUGAAAGAUGGCUGGUGUAGCGGAGAGCAGCUGAGAGAUGACUGAUGUAGCAGAGCAGCUUAGAAGUGACUGAGAGGUGAUUGAUGUAGCAGAGCAGCUGAGAGGUGAUUGGUGUAGCAGACAAACCAUUGUGUCAGUAAUUUUCAUCCAGUCAGUCAGUAAGUGAAUGUUGUUCCCACCUAUUAGUCUGUUGGUCUGUUUCAAGUUAACUAGUCUAAACUAUAACUACAAAAAAGCAAACAACUGCAGAUUUAAGGAUUGCUACCUUAUUUUGUGUUUUACUUUCAGACAACGAACCGUAUAUGGUUUCUGUAUAUAAGAAAACGUAUUUGUGUUCCAACAGUAAUAUAUCUGUAUAUGACAACCAUUUGUAUCCUAUAGAAAGUGUUAAAUAUAAAGCCUUUUUUUCAA